CUGGAUCCGCCACGAUGAAAAUGUAAACUUUAUUUUUUUUUGUGGGAGAGGGUAUAUAUAUAUAUAUAUAUAUAUAUAUAAGACCCUCUUGGCUCUUUUAUUGGUUGCAAAGCCAGAGAAUGGAAAUGGGGUGUAACAAGAGAAACAAAAACAACAAUGGAGCUCUUGCAGCAGUGGCAGUGUUUCUAAUGGUGGCGGCGGUGACGGUGGCGGCGGCUGAAUCUGAAGAACGACAUCACUAUGUGGUAGGCGGAGACAGAGGCUGGGAGACCUCAAAUUUCAUUGAUCAAAUUAAUCAGUAUUGGUCUUCAUCUCCCAGAAUCUUUAGAGUUGGUGAUGUUCUUUGGUUCACGUACUCGGCGGCGCAAGAUAACAUCGUGGAGGUGGGGAGCUGGGAAGAAUACGAGUCGUGCGAUCUCACAAACCCAAUCAAAAUGUAUACGGACGGCCUCAACAAGAUCUCCCUAGACGGAGAGGGAAUCAGGUACUUCGCAAGCGGCAACAUGGACCACUGCAAAAAUGGGCUCAAACUCCCCGUUAAUGUCCUGCCUCGGGACGCCCAACUGGCCCAUGGGCCGUCAGUGGGCUUCGCCAAUGCACCCUCACCUGGUUUGGCACAAAGCCCGUACUCCGUUGGAUAUGGGCCUGUUUCCUCUCAAAGUCCAUCAGGGAACGGAUGGGAAAGUGGACUUUCAUUUAAUAUGAUGGUUGGGAAACAGAAAUGGGUUAAAACUGAGUUUGUGGACGCAGCAGCUGGGCCUACAGCGGGCUGUGCUCCAAUCAGUUUAGUUGGGCUUUUCAAUCUGUUGGCAGUUGGGCUCGUGCUUCUUCCCAUUCUGAGUUAUUAUUAUUAGGUGAGGAUUAAACAGCGGUACAAACU